GCGAACAUGGAGGUUUAGUUAUCGCCUGGCGUCCAUCAGUGAGCGCGUGCCUCAGUAUAUCUGUUUUCUUUAAGUUUUUCUUAGUUUGUUUUUUUGUGUUGAUCAUGGAGAUGAAGAAGAGGAUCAGCCUCGAGCUCAGGAGCAGGAAGCCCGCGGAGGUGGUGGAGCUGGUGGUGGAUAACUGUCGCUCCAGUGACGGGGAGGUUGAAGGUCUGACGGAGGAGUUCUCAGAGCUGGAGAUUCUCAGCAUGGUGAACAUCGGACUGACCUCGCUCUCCAAACUGCCCUCACUGCCCAAACUACGCAAGCUGGAGGUCAGUGAUAACACCAUCUCAGGAGGAGGUUUGGACUCGCUGGCGGAGAAAUGUCCCAACCUGACGUACCUGAACCUGAGCGGGAACAAGAUCAAAGAGCUGAGCACCAUCGAGGUUCUGAAGAACCUGAAGAACCUGAGCAGUCUGGACCUGUACAGCUGUGAGGUGUCGGCGCUGGACGAGUACAGAGACGGUGUGUUUGAGCUGCUUCCUCAGCUCACCUUCCUGGACGGAUACGACCAGGAAGACAACGAGGUGCCCGACUCAGAGGCCGACAACGAUGAUGAAGAUGAAGCCGGCCCGCCAGGAGUUGACGAUGACGAUGAUGAGGAUGAAGAUGAUGAUGAUGAUGAGGAUGAAGGCUCUGAGGGAGAGGAAGAGGAGGUGGGCCUGUCGUACCUGAUGAAGGACGGCAUCCAGGAUGAAGAAGAUGACGGAGACUACGUGGAGGAGGAAGAGGAGGAUGAGGAGGAGGAAGAUGAAGAUGGAGAUGAGGAUGGUGUUCGGGGGGAGAAGAGGAAGAGAGAUGCAGAUGAUGAAGGUGAUGAUGGAGAUGAAGAUGACGAGUAGUUGAACCUUCACACACUGACCCCCCCCCGCCCCCCCUUCCUGUGACCUUUGACCCCUCGGAGCCGCAGAGAGACAUGAUCACAUGACCACCUGAUCAAUACCGAUGUUUGAUCAUUAUAUGUGUGUGUGUGUGUGUUAC